AUGGCUCCAGCAGCAGCAUCGACUGCGGCAGGCGCCGCUGCCAAAAAGGCACAGCCACCUCGCGACCUUCCCGCAAAGCGUAAGCUUUCGGUCUCAGACAUCGAAGACGACUCGGACUCCGAUUCCGACUCUGUCGACGGCUCUUCCAGGAUGAUGACAUCUAGCGGCAAGAUCUCGGCCAGCCAGCAGCUUGUCCCUGUCCCCGGUCAGCCCGAUGCUCCCCUCGUCACUAAGCGCACCUUGCAGAACCGAAAGGCGCAGCGAGAGUUUCGCAAGCGUCGUGAGGCUCGUGUCAAAGAGCUCGAGGAGCGAUGUCGUCGCUUCGAUCAGAUGGGCCUUGAAGCCAACACUGAGCUUCAGCGUCUUGCCCGCAGGCUCAAGGACGAGAACGAAGCGCUCAAGUCGCUUAUUGCCCGUCUCGGCUUUGCCCACAUGAUCCCUGGCAUCAUUGAAUCUGUCAACAACGCAGACCAACAUCAGCACCAGCAGCACCAUGCCCAGCACCAACUCCAUCAGCACAGCGCACCACACCUCCCACACUCGCUCGCUCCUAUGGAUCUCGGCAUGGAUGCCUGGGCGCGAGGUGGCCCGGGUCUGCCACUCCCCAACGCCGCAUCACUGCCCCCACACAAUGCAGCACCAGUCCAGCACACACCUUCCGCCGCUGCCAACAAGCAGUCCAGUCGCAGCCGCACCAGCACCACCUCCACUUCGGCACCUGCAUCGUCGUCGGCGCCCCCCAUCUCGUCCCUCGCCAAUCUUCCAGGUUUCACUGAGCUGCUUCCCGUCGGUGGCGUCAACCCAAGCUUGCUCAGCGACGCCAACCCCAAGAGCCGCAGCAAGCAGUCCAACACGGCUGCCAUCGCCAUCCCUGCCGUACCAAAGUCGACUAUCACCGCCCAACCCAUCGAGGACAACAACAGCACCUUUGACAACGACUGGUUUGCGCAGCUUGCACAGUCUGGCCACGACAAGGACGAAAACGACACCGACGCUGCCCCUGCCGACAACGCCGUCGCCAGCCGCAACGACCGCUCCGCAGCCAACCCAAUCCUCUCGCUCAACUUCAACAGCAACAAUGCCGCUGACAGCAAGAACGCCAAGGCCUCUUCGUCCUCCAACAACAACCACCUCAGCGGCUCGGCCAUGCUCGGUGCCAGCGCACGCGACUUUGGUCUUGGUCUUGCCUGCGCUCUCGGCAUCGCACCUUCUUCGACGUCGGGCGCCAACAUGUUCCCCAUGCCCAUGCCCACUCAGCAGAACGGCGCGCUGCUCAAUCCCAAUCCUAUUCCCUUCGCUUUCAACCUCAGCGAAAACAAGAUGCCCGGCGAGCAGAGCUGGUGGUCACAGGUGGCGGGCAACGCUCUCGAAGGCGACGACAGCAUCCUCGACGAAAAAGCGCAGGCUGUUGCACAGGCGACCGGUGCCUCGCAGAACGGCGCCCCCUCACCCUUCGAUCUGUCCGCCUUCCUCAACGGCGGCUUGACACCAGGCGGCGGCGGAUUCAACUUUGGCAGUCAGCAGACCAACGAAGACGACGCCAUCGACGCCUCCAAGAGCAAGUCGAGCGGCGAAGACACCUCCAGCAACGGCAAGAAGGGCGAGACACCACAGGAGCUCACUCAGGCCGAACACGCCCAGAUGUUCCUCCGUCUGCUCGAGGCAAAGAUGGCCAAGGGCAACACCAGCACCUACGCCCAGCUCGGCUUCCAACCGCCCAUGCACCACAAGCAGUACGCUGCCUCUGCGGCAGGUCCUAGCUUCUCCGACGCCAGCUCCUCCUCUUCCUCCUCGUCCGAGAAGGAGGACGACUCUGCUCUGUCGCCCAUCAACAUCUACACACGUCUGGCGCAGCACCCCGCCUUCCUCUCGACCAACGCAACCGAGCUCGAAGAGCUCGUAGACUCCAUCAGCUCCUCCCAGCGUCAACAGCAGCAGCAGCAGCAACAGCCUCUGUUCCAAGCUCCGUUCAGCAAGCGUAAAUCUUCUACACCCAAGCCGGCUCCGACGCUGUACCAGCCGACGCCGUCCGGGUUGACUUCGAGCAUCUACGGACCCAACGGUGCGGCUUCGUUGGCAAGUCGUUCGCCGAGUCAGCCGGGUCAGAGGAAGGAGUUGGAGGUGGACGAGAAGGCCGUGACCAAGAUGUUGGGCAUGCUGGAUAGGAAGACCUCGAGAGACGCGGGUAGUCUGGCGUUGUGA